CAUUUUUUAAAAGAUUUUUUUUUUAAAUUUUCAAUAUAAGGGGGUAAAUGGAGCUUAAAGAACAGGCUUACUUCCUUUUCAACCUGUGGUGAGAAACGACAGGGCUCACCCCGGGGAAACAUUGGAAUUCUGAGCAAGGCCAAGAAAACUGCUUAUAAACGCUCUGCGUGGAGACAUCGGCUGGAGCUGGUUAGAUGUGAAUGACCUGGGAAUCUCAAUGUUUGCAACUCAUUGCACACAGGUCUGUGAGGAAAGGAAGCCGUUUGCUGCUUGCUUCAAGGGCAGAUUCAUUUGCAUCUCUCUUCGAGGAAGUAGUAAUGAGUCACCCAGCCUUAGAUUUCACCCUUUUCUUGAUUUCUUGCUGAGUUAACUUCCUUUGAAUGGACGAGUUAUCCUAAAUGAAUCGUCUCAAAGAGAAACGUCCCUGAGAGAGGAUAAGCAGGUGGGCUAGUGGGGCAGAGAAGGACCGUGGAGAUGGCUAUUCUAAGGUCUGGCCUCUGCCAUCUUCUUUGGACUGUCAGGGUUAGCAAGGACUCCGAGGUCACCUGGGAGAGAUGAUAGUUGUGGGUAAAACCUUUCCCCAAGAUGUCUCUGGCAUGUUCAGUUCCCUCAGCUCAGAAACGAAGAGCUAUUUAUACAAAUCUCGUGAGCGGUUUUCCUCACACAAGACACGAAAUACACACCACCCAAAGAAAUGCUAAUGUCCAAAACUGGAUGGUGUUCACUCUGCCUGACCUUUUCUGCCUAAGAAAAAGACUUUGGCUAAAAAAGAAGAAGGAAAAAAAAUUUAAAAAAAGACCUAUUCCCGAGAGAGUCUUUCUUCAUCUAGAAAGUUUUGUUUCCAGAGACUUACUUAACACUUAUACAACUGUGGUUGUAGUCUUGUUAAGAAGUACUUGUUCUCAACUUUUAUUUACUUGAUACUUACUUGGCGUUAAAAAUCUAUCGCCCCAAGAUUCGAGUUGCAAGAACAUGAACGGUUUCGCCUUUUCUGUUGUUCUGAGAUGGGGGAACCACAGCGGUAGAUUAAUCUUGGCCUCCAUGAAGACGAUCGGACGUUGUCCUUUUGGAAAAUGGUCAAGAAGCACCCAAGUAUCCCCCAUGACUGUCCCAGUUCUGUUUCAUUUAAAGAUUUACAAAAAUAAUUAGGCUAAAUAACCAAAAGGCUUCCCUCGGGAGGAAUUGAUUUAAGUCAGUUGUCCACGUGCCAGGAAGCUGGGAAUACAUCUUUUCACAGGUUGGAAGAUCCCAAUCUGUCACGCAGGAAUAGGAACAUCUGUCUGUUGGGAGGAAUGAAAGGUUGCCAUGCAAAUGACAUAGUCAAAGAGAUGCUUAGGUUGAGAAACCAGUGACAUUUCUUGUAACGGUAGAACGAAUGAUUCAGUUUAUGUUUGGUCCUCUUGAUACUAGGUGGAAAGGCGGGAUUCUAUUUUCUUGGGGUGCCUGUGACUUUCACGACAUCCAGGGUCCUUUUUUUUUUUUUUUUUUUGUUAAAACGAGGAUACAGUAAACCAUAGCCGUGGAAGCCCACUGGGACCAACACACUCUCUGUUAGCAGUUUCCGCCCUGGUGCAAGAGCAAUGGAACCCCUUGUUCCUGGAAGUUUGCGCGUCAGAGUAAACAAACUUGAAAACCCCUCUUGAUAGCUGAAUCCAGCCGGUCUUGUUACAUUUUUCUCUUAACAAGACACACCGCGGAAGCUCUCGCCAAGGCUGCUUUGAUGAAGCCACACGCUCUCCCCCCCCCCUCACAAUUCACAGGAAGUCACUCUUAAAAGAAACUGAUUCUGCUGUUUACUGCCUGUAUUAAAGGGACAGAGUUCCUUUUUUAUGUCUGAUAACGCUGGGGAGAAAUACAGAAACGGUCACACAGCCUGCCUGUGACUAAGAAUAAAGCAAACAGCCUCCCGCCCUAUAGAGCAAAAUCCCUGGGGUGAGCAAGGAAGCAUCAGACCUCUUGGAGAGACUGUCUUGUGUGUCAAGAAAGCUCUGGGGUCUGAAGGAAGGCGAUGGUUCUUCAAAGAAAGGAACUUUUCUGGAGAAGAUAAGGAAUCUAUUCCAGAGAGGAGUUCCACCACUUCAUCGACGGCUUUAACGAGGAGAAAAGCAACUGGAUGCGAUACGUGAAUCCAGCUCACUCUGCCCGGGAGCAGAACCUGGCCGCCUGCCAGAACGGAAUGAACAUCUAUUUCUACACUAUUAAGCCUAUCCCUGCCAACCAGGAACUUCUUGUGUGGUAUUGCCGGGACUUUGCGGAGAGGCUCCACUACCCUUAUCCUGGAGAGCUCACAGUGAUGAAUCUCACACAAACAGAAAGCAACCCAAAGCAAUACAGCAGUGAGAAAAAUGAACUCUACCCAAAGAGUGUCCCCAAGAGAGAGUACAGCGUGAAAGAAAUCCUCAAACUGGACUCCAAUCCCUCCAAAAGGAAGGACAGCUACCGUUCCAACAUUUCACCCUACACUUCAGAAAAAGACAUGGAUGGCUUUCGGAAAAAUGGGAGCCCGGACAUGCCCUUCUACCCUCGGGUUGUGUAUCCCAUCCGGGCACCUCUGCCAGAAGACUUUUUGAAGGCGUCCCUGGCCUAUGGGAUGGAGAGACCCACCUACAUCACUCACAGCCCCCUUCCGUCUUCCACAACUCCAAGUCCCCCUGCAAGCAGUAGCCCAGAGCAGAGCCUCAAGAGCGCCAGCCCCCACGGCAGCCCGGGGAACACGGUGUCACCCGUGGUGCCAGGCCCCCCAGAGCACCGGGACUCCUACUCCUACUUGAAUGUUUCCUAUGGUUCUGAGGGCCUGGGCUCCUACCCUGGCUAUGCCCCUGCCCCGCAUCUCCCGCCGGCUUUCAUCCCCUCCUACAAUGCUCACUACCCCAAGUUCCUGUUGCCACCCUACGGCAUCAGCUCCAAUGGCUUGAGCACUAUGAACAAUAUCAAUGGUAUCAACAACUUCAGCCUAUUCCCCAGGUUGUAUCCUGUCUACAGUAACCUCCUCAGUGGGGGCAACCUGCCUCACCCCAUGCUCAACCCAGCUUCCCUACCGAGUUCCCUGCCUACCGAUGGAGCCCGGAGGCUGCUCCCACCGGAGCACCCCAGAGAGGUGCUUGUCCCGGCGCCCCACAGUGCCUUCUCCCUUACUGGGGCUGCAGCCAGCAUGAAGGACGAGAGUAGCCCCCCCAGCGGGUCUCCAACGGCGGGAACUGCGGCCACGUCGGAACACGUGGUACAACCCAAAGCUACCUCAUCGGUGAUGGCAGCCCCCAGCACUGACGGAGCCAUGAAUCUCAUUAAGAACAAAAGAAACAUGACUGGUUACAAGACCCUUCCUUACCCGCUGAAGAAGCAGAACGGCAAGAUCAAGUAUGAGUGCAAUGUCUGUGCCAAGACGUUUGGUCAGCUCUCAAACCUGAAGGUCCACCUGAGAGUGCACAGUGGAGAACGGCCUUUCAAAUGCCAGACCUGCAACAAGGGCUUUACUCAGCUCGCCCACCUGCAGAAACACUACCUGGUACACACGGGAGAAAAGCCACAUGAAUGCCAGGUCUGCCACAAGAGAUUUAGUAGCACAAGCAAUCUCAAGACACACCUUCGACUGCAUUCUGGAGAAAAACCUUACCAGUGUAAGGUGUGCCCUGCCAAGUUUACACAGUUCGUGCACCUGAAGCUGCACAAGCGACUGCACACCCGGGAUCGGCCUCACAAGUGUGCCCAGUGCCAUAAGAGCUACAUCCAUCUCUGUAGCCUCAAGGUCCACCUGAAGGGCAACUGCCCUGUGGUCCCAGCCCCCGGGCUGCCCUUGGAGGACCUGACCCGGAUCAAUGAAGAAAUCGAGAGGUUCGACCUUAGCGACAACGCUGACCGUCUUGAGGACAUGGAGGACAGCGUCGAUGUGACCUCCAUGGUGGAGAAGGAGAUUCUAGCCAUAGUCAGGAAAGAGAAAGAAGAAACUGGUCUGAAAAUGUCUUUGCAAAAAACCAUGGGGAGCAGACUCCCCUCCUCAGGGUGCAGCCUCUACGAGUCAUCAGACCUGUCCCUCAUGAAGUUGCCUCACAGCAACUCACUACCUCUGGUGCCUGUAAAGGUCAAACAAGAAACAGUUGAACCGAUGGAUCCUUAAGAUUUUCAGAAAACAAGUGUUUUCGUUUUUGCUCCUUAGGGUAUGGCUUGGCGGGUCAGACUGCCUGUAGCAAUUGCUUGUACGCGAUUCCAGAUCCGCAAAGCUCUACUGGCAUCGGGUGGUUCCCCGAACCUCUCUGGAAUUAAAGAAGGACUCCAAUGUUACCAAAAUCUCAGGGCAUAAAUUGAGGCAAAGACUCACUAUAUAUACAUAUAUACAUAUUAUAUAUAUAUAUAUAUUAUACUUAUUUACAACCAUGUCUAUAUAUUUGAACCUGUGUAUUUUGAAUAUUUGUGUGAAUAUGUUUGCAUAGCCUUCCUACUACUAAAGCUAUUGCCUAGCCAUAAUUAUUUUUUCAAUGAUAAUCCUUCAUAAUUUAUUAUACAGUUUAUCUUUCAAGAGGAAGCAAUAAUUAAAGAAGUUUACAAUGACUGGAAAGAUUCUUUGUAAUUUGAGUAUAAAUGUUGUAUCCCUGUCCGGUGGCCAUUCUUUGUAGAUAAUUUCUGCACAUCUGUUUAAAGGCCUGAGGCUCAGAAGAUAGUUCUGUGUUUUUGGGGCAAAACUUUCUCUAUGAUGAUGCUUUAAAAAAAAAAUGAGGUUUUGAUUAUUGCCAAAGUCAUGUGGUUGGUGCGUUGACUCAGAAGAUCACAUCAUCUGAGUGACAUUGUACACGUCGGGGAUAUGUGUGCAGAAUUGCUCAGCAAUGAUUUGAGGGGAAGGGAGAAGAAAUAUUUUAUGUUUCUGAUGACCGCUGGUUUUCCUCUUCCCACUCACAAUUUUACCAAUGGCGACAGGAAGGCUUUACCGACCUGUCUCUCCAAAACCGUAGGGUCUUCCUGUCUCCAAUGUCACAUGACCAUUCUGAGUGGCCAUUGGACUUCGGCAUCCCCAUAUGUUAAAUGAAAAUGUGAAGAAGAUAAGAAGUCGUACGUGUUCAGAAGAUCUGUCUUAAAGCACAGAUGUUUGUGUGUGUGUGUGAGGGGUUGGGGCCUUGAGUCUGGCUGUCGUUUUGCUGUUGGCUUGUUUUUGUUUUUGUUUUUAGUGUCAAAAUUGCACAAAGCCGGUGCCCUACUAAGAAGGAUUUGAUGUAGAAAGGCUCAGGCCACACUUAAAAUACAAUCAAGCAAAGAGAACAGAAAGAAUAAACAUAAAAACGGGUAUCACUCUUAGCCUUUUAAGUUAAGCGGGUAAUGAGCAUCCCUGUCCCCAACACAUCAAUUGUAUUUUAUCUGUAAAACUCAGUUUUUCUCAGUAUUUGUGCUUCAUUGUUUUUUUCUUUUUUGCAUUGUAUAAUUAACUUAAUUGAAGACGAAAGGGCAUUGCAAAGGUGUUCAACAAUUACCUCAUUGAGUGUAUCCAGUAGGAGUGCAGGAAGUGAUGUCGUAUCUCAUAAGUCAUUUGCUACCUGGCUGAGCACGUGUGCUCGCAAACGGUAGGCUGGGUGGGUCUGUCCUGUAUUCUCCUAAGCCCAAAGGUUACCUGUCGGUGUUCAAGGUGUAAUAAAGAAAGCUGUAUAUUUAUGAACCUAUUUAUACCACUAUACCGUGUGUAUAUAUGAUAUAUUUAUAACCACUUAAAUUGUGAGCCAAGCCAUGUAAACGAACCUAUAUUUCCUAAGAGCAAAAACAAUCUCUCUGAAGCUCUGCUUAAAAACUCCAUGACCUCACUAUCUUAUCCCACUGGUGCUUGGGCACCACCCUGCCUACUACCAGAGACCAGAGCACCUCAGUGCAGAGGCAAGGGCCGUGUAGCAUCUAGGGAAGAAUAGAAACAUCUCAUCAUGCAUUUGAUCAUCUUGCUACUUUUGUGCCAGUUGGGGGUCACAAAAUAACCAUUUUCCUACUUCUGCUCUAUUCUUCCUCUCCCUCUUCCAGAACCUUGUCACAGGCUCAUUCUCCACUCUGAUGCUUACCUUAGCGUUUUGUAAACCCAAGAGCCUUACUGACCUGUUGCUGUGACUAACAAGAUGGGUUUCUCCUUACCUACAAAGGAUCAGAGCCAGAGAUUCCACGCACGCCAGCAAGCAAGCUCUCACUGAGCUGCGGCCCUAUCAAGACUGGUAUCUCUGGAUGUACCUGUGUUUGAGGGAAAUAAUCUUUAGUUGUAGGUUAACCAAAGCAUGACAAUGACACCAAAUAUGUUUCCUUCCCAGUGAACUCGGGUUGCUUUCCUCCUGUGUUCCCUUGUGUUGAGAGGAUUUUUACAAGGACGACGACCGCUUUCUUGCCAUCCGUUUUCCUCUUAGCCCUCCUACAUGUGAGUGUUGAGCUCACAAUUAACAGUGGUUUGUUUGUUAUGUUUGUUUGGUUUUUUUUUUUUUUCCUCAGAGUUAAAACUGACCAAAGUUAUUGGCUUUUUACUUUGCUAGAACAACAAACUAUCUUAUGUUUACGUACUGGUUUACAUUGUUAUUUAUGUGCAAAUUGUCAAGAUGUAAAUUAAAAUAUAAACGUUCAUGCUUUA